UCUUAAGCCAUGGACCAACAAAGAAAGAGAGAAAAGCAUUGUAGUUAGAUUUUGCUUAGUCACUUUAUGUCAGUGGUCUUUUAUGAUUUUGUCAUUUUUAUUUCAUUUUUGGUUCCUCUGUAUUCUUGGAGGUUAAAAAAAAAGGAAAGGCAUGAAUGAUUUCAUCACUAUCCAAGCCAAGUACUUAUAAAACACAUAUAAACAUUUAGACUAUUACUUUAAGACACCAUAAUUCCAUAAACCCCUUUUGAAACUUUCUCUCGUCUCUCUCUCUCUCUUUCUUGUUAGCAUAAGGCCCCAAGAAGACAUAAGAGUGUUUUCAUGAUUCUUUAUUUGGGUUUUGUUAUGAAAAAAUUUAGCUUCUAUAGCUUUGGAAAUGGUGAGAGCUUGAGAGGAUUAUAAAAAUCAAGGGUUUUUGUCUUCUUUUGCUCACUUGCUCAUUCUUUAAUAUCGAGAAAACGUUUUGGGCUUUGAUGGGAGGUGUGUUCGUGUUGAGGAAACCCAGAAACGGCAAUAAAUGCCGUCGUUUCGAUCGAUGCAUUACAAUGAGACAAACGGAAACAGAGUUGUUCUCAGAAGAAACAAGAAUGAGAACAAGAGAAACAAGACGAAGAAGAAGAAGCUUCUUCUUAGAUAUGAUCCUUCUGUUUCGUACUUGUUCCUCCAACAUUCUUUUCCUCUCUCUUCUUCUCUUGUCUUCUUCUUUUUCCUCUGUCUUGUCCGAGAAUCUCUCACCUAGAAACCAAACUCUCAGGCCACUCGAUGAGCUUAAUAAGCUCAAAGCCAUUAAUCAACAUCUCAGGAAGAUCAAUAAACCUUCAAUUAAGACAAUUCAUAGCCCCGAUGGAGACAUCAUAGACUGUGUUUUAUUACAUCACCAACCAGCAUUUGAUCAUCCCAGCUUAAGAGGACAGAAGCCACUGGAUCCUCCAGAGAGGCCAAGAGGGCAUAACAGGAGAGGAUUGAGACCGAAGAGCUUCCAGUUAUGGGGAAUGGAGGGGGAGACAUGUCCUGAGGGAACAGUCCCUAUCAGAAGAACAAAAGAAGAAGACAUUCUCAGAGCAAACUCUGUUUCUAGCUUUGGCAAGAAACUCAGACAUUACAGAAGAGACACUAGCAGUAAUGGGCAUGAACACGCGGUGGGAUACGUGAGCGGAGAGAAAUACUAUGGUGCUAAAGCAAGCAUCAAUGUUUGGGCUCCACAAGUUCAGAACCAAUACGAAUUUAGUUUAUCUCAGAUUUGGAUUAUCUCUGGUUCCUUUGGCAAUGAUCUCAACACCAUUGAAGCUGGUUGGCAGGUGAGUCCAGAGCUCUAUGGAGAUAAUUACCCAAGAUUCUUUACUUACUGGACUAACGAUGCAUAUCAAGCAACAGGUUGCUACAAUCUCUUGUGUUCCGGUUUUGUCCAAACCAAUAGUGAGAUUGCGAUUGGAGCUGCCAUCUCUCCCUCGUCUUCAUACAAGGGUGGACAAUUCGAUAUUACUCUGCUUAUUUGGAAGGAUCCGAAGCAUGGGAAUUGGUGGCUGGAAUUCGGGUCGGGUAUUCUAGUCGGGUAUUGGCCAUCGUUCUUGUUCACACACCUGAAGGAGCACGCAAGCAUGGUCCAAUACGGUGGCGAAAUCGUAAAUUCGAGUCCUUUUGGAGCCCAUACUUCAACACAGAUGGGAAGUGGGCAUUUUGCAGAGGAAGGGUUUACAAAAUCUUCUUAUUUCAGAAACAUCCAAGUAGUUGAUUGGGAUAACAAUUUGGUCCCUUCUCCUAAUCUUCGAGUACUUGCGGAUCAUCCGAAUUGUUACGAUAUUCAAGGUGGGUCUAAUAGGGCUUGGGGGAGUUAUUUUUAUUACGGAGGACCAGGGAAAAAUCCUAAAUGCCCUUAAAGAAAAAAUUAAUUAGGGUUUAGGGAUUCAUAUUUUCUCGUGAAAAAAUUCUUUAGGUUAUAUCUGCAGGUUUAUAAGGGCUACUUUCAUCAUUUAUUAGUUUUUUUUUACAACAAUCUUUGUUCAUUUAUGUGUAAAUGUGAAAAGUAAAUUGGAGAAAAUGUAAAAAUACUAUCGAC